CCAGUUGUCGUGCCUCCACUUCUUUCCUUAACGUUUGGCAAACACAAGCACUCAUAUCUAUCACCACCUCUUUCUUUUUUCCUUUUCUUCUCUUGCUCUUGUCAACCCACGAAAGGCAUAUAUACUCGCAAUAUAAAAAAAAAAAAAAAAAAAAAGGCACUCACAUCUGAAAAUAGUGUCAGACAGAAUCAACAAGCCAAAAUGCCUGUUGACAGUGCUGCUUUGCCAGGUCACGGACAAACCGUGUGUGUCACCGGCGCCGGAGGAUUCAUUGCCUCUUGGCUCGUCAAGCUCUUGCUUGAACGAGGCUAUACAGUUAAAGGAACCGUAAGAAACCCAGAUGACCCAAAAAAUAGUCACUUGAGAGAGUUUGAAGGAGCGAAAGAGAGACUGAUUCUGUGUAAGUCUGAUCUUCUUGAUUAUGAGAGCCUCAAAGAAGCCAUCACUGGUUGCCAUGGAGUUUUUCACACGGCAUCUCCCGUUACUGAUGAUCCGGAGCAAAUGGUGGAACCAGCAGUGAAUGGGACUAAGAACGUGAUAGUGGCUGCGGCGGAGGCGAAGGUGCGGCGAGUGGUGUUCACGUCCUCAAUUGGGGCGGUCUACAUGGACCCCAAUCGGAGCCCCGAUGUUGUCGUCGAUGAGUCUUGUUGGAGUGACCUUGAAUUUUGCAAGAACACCCGAAAUUGGUACUGCUAUGGGAAAGCAGUGGCGGAGCAGGCGGCAUGGGAAGUGGCGAAAGAGAAAGGAGUCGACUUGGUGGCGGUGAACCCGGUCCUUGUCCUUGGGCCACUUCUUCAGCCAACUGUGAAUGCCAGCACCAUUCACAUCCUCAAGUACUUAACUGGCUCAGCCAAGACUUAUGCCAACUCAGUCCAGGCUUAUGUCCAUGUCAAGGAUGUUGCCCUGGCCCACAUUCUUGUAUUCGAGGCACCGUCCGCCUCUGGCCGCUAUCUUUGUGCCGAAAGUGUGCUCCACCGCGGUGAGGUGGUCGAGAUCCUGGCCAAAUUCUUCCCUGAAUAUCCUAUUCCCAUAAAGUGUUCAGAUGAAGUAAAUCCGAGAGCAAAGCCAUACAAGUUCACAAACCAGAAGCUAAAGGAUCUAGGCUUGGAGUUCACUCCAGUGAAGCAGUGCCUAUACGACACCGUUAAGAACUUGCAGGAGAAAGGUCACCUUCCGGUCCCCACACCCCAAGAAGAUUCUAUCAAAAUCCAAUCUUGAUAAAAGCCUGCUCUGGAUAAUAUUACUAUAUGAUUACCUAAUCCCAUUGCAAUAUAUAUGUAAUAUAUACAUAUAUAUAUAUAUAUAUAUAUAUAUGUAUUAAGGGCACAUGAGGCAUUGCUAAUAGAUUCCCUAUAAUGGAAGCAGUACUUAAUGGAAGAAAUUCUAUUUCAGAGGAAAAGAAAAUGACAGAAAGUUUGUUGUUAUGUAAUCCAAAACACUUACUUUAUUCCGGGUGUAAAUCUCAACUUAAAUGUUUUGAUAGCAGUGUUAGGCGAUCAUCAAGUCAACCAUGUUGUUUUACAUGUUAUGUUAUAAAAGAAGUUCAUGUAAGAUUUCUCUUUCUUAUAAACUGCAGGUCGAAUGAUUUUUAAUUGGAUAG